CACCACUGAUCCCUACAUACAGCUGAGGAGAUCCCACCACCGAUCCCUACAUACGGCUGAGAAGAUCCCACCACCGAUCCCUACAUACAGCUGAGGAGAUCCCACCACCGAUCCCUACAUACAGCUGAGGAGAUCCCACCACUGAUCCCUUCAUACGGCUGAGGACUGGAGAUUCCACCACUGAUCCCUACAUACGGCUGAGGAGAUCCCACCACCGAUCCCUACAUACAGCUGAGGAGAUCCCACCACUGAUCCCUACAUACAGCUGAGGAGAUCCCACCACCAAUCCCUACAUACAGCUGAGGAGAUCCCACCACUGAUCCCUACAUACGGCUGAGGACUGGAGAUUCCACCACUGAUCCCUACAUACGGCUGAGGAGAUCCCACCACCGAUCCCUACAUACAGCUGAGGAGAUCCCACCACCGAUCCCUACAUACAGCUGAGGAGAUCCCACCACCGAUCCCUACAUACAGCUGAGGAGAUCCCACCACUGAUACCUACAUACGGCUGAGGAGAUCCCACCACUGAUCCCUACAUACAGCUGAGAAGAUCCCACCACUGAUCCCUACAUACGGCUGAGGAGAUCCCACCACUGAUCCCUACAUACGGCUGAGGAGAUCCCACCACUGAUCCCUACAUAUGGCUGAGGAGAUCCCACCACCGAUCCCUACAUACGGCUGAGGAAAUCCCACCUCUGAUCCCUACAUACAGCUGAGGAGAUCCCACCACUGAUCCCUACAUAUGGCUGAGGAGAUCCCACCACUGAUCCCUACAUACGGCUGAGGAGAUCCCACCACUGAUCCCUACAAACGGCUGAGGAGAUCCCACCACUGAUCCCUACAUACGGCUGAGGAGAUCCCACCACUGAUCCCUACAUACGGCUGAGGAGAUCCCACCUCUGAUCCCUACAUACGGCUGAGGAGAUCCCACCACUGAUCCCUACAUACGGCUGAGGAGAUCCAACCACCGAUCCCUACAUACAGCUGAGAAGAUCCCACCACUGAUCCCUACAUACGGCUGAGAAGAUCCCACCACUGAUCCCUACAUACAGCUGAGGAGAUCCCACCACCGAUCCCUACAUACAGCUGAGGAGAUCCCACCACCAAUCCCUACAUACAGCUGAGGAGAUCCCACCAUUGAUCCCUACAUACGGCUGAGGACUGGAGAUUCCACCACUGAUCCCUACAUACGGCUGAGGAGAUCCCACCACCGAUCCCUACAUACAGCUGAGGAGAUCCCACCACCGAUCCCUACAUACGGCUGAGGAGAUCCCACCACUGAUCCCUACAUACGGCUGAGGAGAUCCCACCACUGAUCCCUACAUACAGCUGAGGAGAUUCCACCACUGAUCCCUACAUACGGCUGAGGAGAUCCCACCACUGAUCCCUACAUACGGCUGAGGAGAUCCCACCACCGAUCCCUACAUACAGCUGAGGAGAUCCCACCACCAAUCCCUACAUACAGCUGAGGAGAUCCCACCACUGAUCCCUACAUACGGCUGAGGAGAUCCCACCACCGAUCCCUACAUACGGCUGAGGAGAUCCCCAGCCUGGCAGGACGCCCCAUCUUCAUUGUGUGAGGCUGCCGCUCAGGAUUCGGGGACAUGUACCAGGGCUACGACUCCUCCAGCUCCUCUCCCUCCGCUGAGUCUCAGUACCUCUCAUCUGUGGAUUCUUUUGGGAGCCCCACAGCCGCCCUUCCGCAGGAAUGUGUGGCCCUGUGUGAUGUCCCCUCCUCCUUUGUCCCCACUGUCACUGCCAUCACCAGUAGUCAGGACCUCCAGUGGCUGGUUACUCCUGCCCUUAUCUCUUCCAUGGCUCAGUCCCAACCAACACCAGGACCAUCUAUUGACCCCUAUGACCUGCCAGGCCCCAGCUAUGCCUCCCCCUCUGGGUCAUCGUAUGGCACUGCUCAGCCCGCUGCUUCUUCUUCAGGACAGGAGGAAACUCGCCCUACAAGACCCAGGAAAAGACCUAGAGAAGAAUCACUGACCCCUGAGGAAGAGGAGAAGAGGAGAGUCAGACGAGAAAGGAACAAACUGGCUGCUGCCAAAUGCAGGAACAGGAGACGUGAACUGACCGACAGAUUGCAGAAUGAGACAGACCUACUGGAGGAAGAGAAGUGCGGCCUGGAGGCAGAGAUUGAUGAGCUGCGCAGACAGAAGGAACAGCUGGAAUUUGCUCUUCUCUCCCACCGAUCAGGAUGCAAACUGCCCUAUGAGCACCCUGAGCUGCCCAUCACUGAGCCAGCCGCAUCCUCCUUUCCCCAUGGCGGACUACUGCCUUCAUAUGCCCCCCAGCCGGAGGUAUCAUUCUCAGUCUGUUUACCCCCACUCCCGGACUCAGACUGUACCACCAGCGCUGGAUCUUACACGUCUUCAUUUGUGUUCACCUCCCCAGAGGGAGGAGCCUGUGGAAGCCGGUACCAGCGCAGCAGCGGAAGUGACCGCUCCUCCUCCGACUCGCUCAGCUCCCCCUCACUCCUGGCCCUCUGAUACGUACCCUCCCCCUCGCUCCCGGCCCUCUGAGACGUAAGCUGGCCCUGUGAGACGUAAGCUCCUCCUCACUCCCGGCCCUCUGAGACGUAAGCUGCUCCUCGCUCCCGGCCCUCUGAGACGUAAGCUCCUCCUCACUCCCGGCCCUCUGAGACUUAAGCUCCUCCUCGCUCCCGGCCCUCUGAGACGUAAGCUGCUCCUCGC